AUGGUCGGUUUCAGGCCCUCGCUGUCCACUCAAGAGGUCAUGCUAUUGAUCAAGAGGCAGAUAGUCGACGUGGUCAUGAGAGACGUCCGAGGCAUCUUGGCGCUAGACCUCGGCAAGGCUUUGGACACUGUCAAACACAAGCACGUCCUCGACUCUGUGUUGAGAUUGAAGCUCGGCGAACGCUUUCACGCGUACGUCAGCUCUUUCCUCAGGAAUCGUAAGGCCACAAUCAAGUUGGGCGAGAUGAUGUCAGACGGAUACGCGCUGGGAGCCCGCGUCACGCCGCAGGGUGCGGUGCUAUCUCCACUGCUCUUCAACAUCGCCAUGAGAGACCUAUGGGUCUGA